AUGUGUUUUAUUACUUCUCCAGGUGUGUUUGGUGAUACAGAUGUAAUGAAGUCAGUGUCAGUGAUAGAGGGAGAUUCUGUCUCUCUAAACACUGAUGUUACUAAAGUACAGAGAGACGAUCAGAUUCUGUGGAUGUUUGGACCUCGAGAGAUAAGAAUAGCUGAAAUCUAUAAGAACAGCAUUGAUAUGUUUAACAGUAAUGUGAUAUUUGAAGACAGACUGCAGUUGGACUCUUUCUCUGGAUCUCUGAUCAUCAGAAACAUCAGAAGAACAGACUCUGGACUGUAUAAACUACAGAUCAUCAGCAACAGAGGAAACUCAGACAAGACAUACAGUGUUACUGUCUACGCUCGUCUACCUGUUCCCGUCAUCACCAGAAACUCUUCAAUCUGUUCAUCAUCAUCAUCAGGAUCAUCGUCAGUGUCUAAUUGUUCACUGCUGUGUUCAGCUGUGAAUGUGAGUGCUGUGACUCUCUCCUGGUACAAAGGAAACAGUUUAUUGUCCAGCAUCAGUGUGUCUGAUCUCAGCAUCAGUCUCUUUCUACUUCUGGAGGUGGAAUAUCAGGAGAACAACACCUACAGCUGUGUGAUCAACAAUCCCGUCAGAAGCCAGACCACACAUCUGGACAUCACUCAACUCUGUCACUCAUGUGCAGACUCUGUUCAUUGUUGUGGUUCUACUGAAGCUGUGAUUCGAUUGGUCGUCUCUGCUCUGGUGGGCGCGGCUGCAGUUGUUGCUGUAGUUUAUGACUUCAGAUCUGGAAGAGCUCAGUAA